AUGAUGUUUAGACAAUUGACUAGAUUGAUGGUUCCCAGGACGGUGCUGAUAAGGCCGUCUGUGUUAUGCAGCAUGAAUCGGGGAUACCAUGCGACCAGUGGUGUUAUAAAUGAUAGUAUCAGUUUUAUACCGUGGAUUCCUUGGAAGAAGCCUACUUCAUUAUUGCAAGCAGUGGGAGCAGCAUCGGUGCAAGAAGACGGGAUGUUUACUGAUUCUGUGCUCAGAAAGAGAAGAAAGAAGAUGAAAAAACACAAAUUGAGGAAAAGAAGAAAACGAGAAAGAGCAGAUAAGAGGAAGUUAUCACAAGGUAAAUAG